AUAGCGGUAGUGGACUGCAACCCGCAUCAAUGCUCUCCAUUGCAUCCACAGUAUGAGAUUUAUUUCUUUUUCGCCGUGGGGAAGCCAUGGCUGUCACUGAUGAUCAUCGGGCGUCGUCUUCAAGAAUGUUUGCGUGUCUUCCCAAUACGGCAAAGUGCUGAUAGCUCUUCCAAACACUGCAAAUAAGACAUGAACGGCUGCGAAUGUGUUGUUUGGCUGCUGCUCGCAGCCCUAAGACUCUGCAUAGCACAGGGCUUGGUGCGGCUCACCGUCGAAGAGGAAGGCGCGUUUUUCCUUCGAGGAGCAACCCAGGAGCCUCAAGAGCAGCCAGUGGCCCUAGCUUUCCAGGGGCGAGCCACUGUAUGGGCAAGACUGGGACCCUUUGCUGUUCGUCAGACAUUGCAGUGGCAUAGGGGUGCUGCCAAUACGUCCGUAGAUGCGGCUGUCACUGCCCACUUGGUCACCACAGCUCCACGUCGGGACCGCCCCCUCGUGCGCGUUCUGUUUUAUAUCUCCGAGGUUGGAGAGGCUCUAGGCUGUGUGGCUCUUUAUGCGGAACGUGUCAGCGGAUCGUGGACGGAGGUGCCGUGGGGUUCAUGUGCUCCAGGCCCCGACGGUGCCUGCCUGGCGCAGCUGACACUGCCUGCUUCUUGGUGGCCACCCCUGUGGGGUCCAGGGCCUGUCAAGAGCCCCUGGGUGGAGCUGCAGUUUUCUCCUCGUGCUUCCGGUUCACCCGAGUGUAAUGCCAAAGAAGGAACAACACAGGCGCCCCCUGGUGCAUUGCACCUGGGACGGCUACCUCUCGCACCCCUUCACACCAGUUACGAGGAGGUAAGCGGUGAUGGCACAGUGCGGUUGCUGGUUCCACAAGGCCCCCUGCAUCCAGGUGUUCGUGUCUACAUACCGCUUUUGGUCCACAUGACUGACUCCCGGUUCCCAUUCACUUUCACCUUAAGGGCCAAGAUGAAGCCUGGACUUCGCGUUGUUGCUGCACAAGUGCGUGACCCCAGUGCCUGGAAUGUAACUGUUCAAAUAAACUCCAAGCGAACAUCAGCUACUGCAACUGUUUCGCGUCUGGGCGAUCCUCCAGCUUUAGAAGAUAGUCGUUCCGGGGAAGAGGUGUUGGACUGGCUCAUUGCAGUAGAAGAAGGGCACGAAGAAGGUGGAGGACUGGUGUCCUGGCAUCUGCGCUAUCACGCGGAAGCACCAGAGCAAGACGAAGGGUUGCGCUUUGUCGCUCGCCUGGAUAUACAUAAAGACGAUGUAGAAGCUGUGUUGCUGGUUGCAAAGUCAACACAGCUGCUGAACAGUGCAGUGCUGACUGGGCGUCAAGUGUCACAGUCAAUGCGGGUGUUCGUCGUGAGCCAGGCGGGUCUUUUGGGAGACGUAACGCUACAGUCGUCCUGCCAGUCAACCGACGAAUCCGUACUGAAGGUCUCCCCUUCUUGCACCUCUGUCUACCUUGAUGGCUCCGAGGUACGCGGGUCCCAGAAUGCCACAGUGCUGGUGCGCUAUGGCAGCUAUGAAGGUCAGGCACGUUUUCUUGUCUGGAUGCCCCAGCUGCCUCUCGAGCUGCAUCUGUCCGACCCCAAGCUAAGUCAGGUUCGAGGAUGGAGGGUCCAGACCCAUUCACAGCGGAACAACACCCCACAUCCCUGGAGGAGUCAUCAGUGGAACAAGCAGCAUGGAGGAGGCGGCUGUCGGCUGCGCUAUCAGCAGGCUUCACUAGAAGUCUGGACCCGAUUCUUGAGUGUAGACCACAACUCCGGACGAGAGUCGUAUCUUCUUGGGCGAAAGACCCAGGCACGCAUCACGGGCUUGGUGGAGCCAUUUCUGCGUAUAGCAGACCCCAGGGUGGCAUCUCUGGUGCGGGGUCACACCGUGCAGGGAAUGAGGCCAGGGCGCACAGAGGUUCAGGUCGUGUCACCCCUGUCCGGACGUGUACUGGGUGCCGUCGAAGUGAGAGUCACUGCUGACAAGGAAAGCAUAUUGGGUCUUGAGGCUGACCUGGUCACUGGACUCUCUCUGGAGCUGACGCCCGAAGAAUCACCGGGGGUCUUUGUGGCACGUGUAAACAGCUCGCGUAAGCUCACAUCGCUCUACCAGGAGGGUCUGUUGGACGUCCGAGUGUUGUUCUCGGAUGGCACUGCCGUAUCCCUUCAGGACCUUCCAGAGACCGACUAUAGUCUCGACUCUGAAAGCCUAGACCUGGCAGUUGUGGCUUUGGCACCCAAAGGCCCGUCAGCACCACUGCCGAGAGUGAUUGCGUUAGGCCAAGGUCGUGGCAGUCUUCUUCAGGUGUCUCUGGAAGUGCCAGAAGUGUGUCACCGCCGUCGCAGCGGACUACUGGCCCAGACACGCGUGGACGUCGACUGCACCUUGAUGCCCAUAUCUGACGGCGUCCUAUAUCGUGACGGGACGCGCUUGGAGCACGCCCCGCCACCAGCGGUGGAAGCACGGCAGGAUGCCAUGUCGCAUCGUACUAUGCAUCCUUCUCCUAUAGAACUUGCCUUGUAUGCUGCCCUGGGCACAUGCUGCCUCGCAGUGGCCGGAGCAGGCCUGGCAGUCGCUUCGUGCGCAAAGCAGCGUUGGAAGCAGCAGCAACAGCAGCAGCAGCGCCCCCCCGACGAUACUCCAAAAGUGUAUAACAAGCAGCCCGAGGUGCAGCGCAUGGCGUCCAGCGCACACGACUGGGUGUGGCUGGGUCGUGCCACGCUAGAGCGCAGCGCCGUCAACACGCGUUGCUCCCAGGCGUUGGUUCCCCCCGAAAAGACUGAUAAGCCACGGGUUCAGGUCAACCCCAUGAUGCUAACGUUUACCCGCGGCGCGCUACCGCCGCCGCCCGUGCCGCCGCACCGUGUCACGCCCCCAACGAUGGCGUGGGAGGAGCUCACCAAGGGCAGGCAUUACGACCAGUUAGUGCAAUAUUUGGAUUCUCUUAAAGAGUCUAGUGCCUAGGCGGGCCCCUCGAGAACUGCGACAAAACAAGUUCCUUCCGAUGCCUCAUAUUGUGGAAGUCUGGCCCCCCCUCGGUGGGCUGCACCCUAGUCAGUAUCGGGGCAGUUGGGGCGCAAGGGACGCUUGGGGCUCCUUGCAGGAGCUGGCCCGGGCUUGCCUGGUGUUGCCUUGACACUUUAACAUCAUCUUUGUGCAUCUGUAGUUCAUGUGUACACAUUGUGAGCUAUGCUGGUAUGUUCUGUUAAAGGGGCACUGAGGUAGCAAAAUUUUCUCCUCGCAAAAUGGGAUACUGUCGCUCGUUGAUGCGUCCUCGUUGUCCUCGUCGGAUGGGACGAAAGCCAGUGAUGGGCGCCACUUGAAGUACAUUUCUAAAUACUUGUACUUUUCUUCGAGUACGUUUUAAGUUUGUACUUUGUACUGUACUUAAAGCAUUUUUUGCGGUACUUUCCUACCAAGUGCUGAAGUACCAAACUGGUAACGAAAAAAAAAAAGUAUACAGGGUGCUUGCUCUAACGUGUCCAGAAAUUAUAUUUAAAGCGAGCGAUAACAGAAAAGUAGCGCUCGUUUCUCAUUUAUUGCUCGCUUUAAAUAAAAUUUCUGGACACGUUAGAGCAAACACCCUGUAUAUCCGCAGAUAAUUUUGUGUGUCCGGUACGGCCAUUUUGGACUAAGAAAAUGCAGCACAGACAGGCUUGAAACAACAACAACACAAAAGCCAUAACAAUUGCCACUUUUAUACUAUCCGAAAGUCGGGAACGGAAAAAUUUCUAAAGAUGUUAUGCUAUAGGAAGAAAGUAUAUAUUGCAGCUUAUUUUUUUAAACUUUUCUCGUGUUCACAAUCCCCGAUUUUAUUAGUCUGUUAUACUGUUCUUUUCAGUUGUAAGUGCAAUUAUCAUAUUUCACGAUGCCUCAUUGGGUUUUACUUAUUAUACGGUGAAUGAAAAGGGGGAGAUUAGAAAGCACACAUGCUUUUGUUUUACAUUUUUACAGUCAUACAGUUUUACAUUUUACCCUUUUUAUGUGGUAACAUAGAUAUCUUUACCUAAAAAAAACAUAAAGCGGGACUUUUUGCAUUCCACUUCCUGCUCACUCUUGUUUCGUACUCUGAUUUGUCAGGAUACAGCGAGGAGCUGGUAAAUUCAUAUCUAUUAGCUUGUUUCUUUUUUGUCCGAGGUCAUGUCUUCUUUGUCCAUAGCACCCUUCCCGAUGGACAGACUAAUAAGUUUAUGCUAGCACAGCAGAUUGUCUCGUGAGUGUAAGUGCAAAUAGUUCCAUCUGUUUCAGUUCAUGCUCAUCAGUAAGAAGUGAACUGCUUGUGCUUCAUAUCAGGCGCUGGCUAAACGUGCCAUUCGGAACAUAUUUGCUUUAUCACGGUUUGUCACCGUGGAACAGUAAGAUACAAACGGCAAUGAACUGGACGAGGGUACUCUGAUUCCAUGAGGAGAAAAUUUUGCACAUCAACGCCCCUUUAUGACAACUCAAUGAUCCGCUUGCAGCAGACUGCCCUCACCGUUAAUACCGGGGGCAACAUCCCCAAUGGACUCCAUUGAGUUGUUAAUAAAUACUCAACACUCUAGCUCAAUGACGCUGAAAUGCAAUUCUAGGCACGUUGCAACAUGAACUUAGCUCUGAAGGGAUUACAUGUACACCCAAUUAUUUAUUUUUACUGUAUGCAACACCUCAGUAUGAUGUGCUGUCUUUUAUAUCUACUUAAUGCUGGAAAAAUAAAUUGAACUCUAGUCAUACGGGA